UCUUUGAUAACUAGUCACCGUUGUGUGCGGAUCGUGGAAGGGGCUUCUCGGUACUUUGAGUUUCUGAGCAAAAUGGCAGCCAACGGCGGAAAGCUACCGUACAAAGUUGCUGACAUCAGCUUGGCAGGCUUCGGUCGUAAGGAGAUUGUCCUUGCCGAGCAUGAGAUGCCAGGAUUGAUGGAGAUGAGAAGGAAAUAUGGACCUACCAAGCCGCUGAAAGGAGCUCGCAUUGCUGGCUGCUUGCACAUGACCAUCCAGACGGCCGUGCUCAUCGAGACCCUGCAGGAGCUCGGAGCAGAGGUACAAUGGUCAAGCUGUAACAUCUUCUCAACCCAGGACCAUGCAGCCGCCGCUAUGGCCAAAUCCGGUGUUCCGGUGUAUGCGUGGAAGGGCGAGACUGACGAGGAAUACGUCUGGUGUAUUGAGCAAACUCUGGUCUUUCCUGACGGGCAGCCACUCAACAUGAUCCUUGACGAUGGUGGGGAUCUGACCAACUUGGUCCACGAGAAAUACCCACAGUUCUUGGCUGAUAUCAAGGGCUUGUCUGAGGAGACCACCACUGGUGUCCAUAACCUGUAUAAGAUGAUGAAGGAAGGCAAACUCAAAGUACCAGCUAUCAACGUUAACGAUUCAGUGACAAAGAGCAAAUUUGACAACCUGUAUGGCUGCCGUGAGUCUCUCGUGGAUGGCAUCAAGAGAGCCACAGACAUCAUGCUUGCCGGCAAAGUGUGCGUAGUGGCUGGGUACGGUGAUGUCGGCAAAGGGAGUGCCCAGUCGCUCAGGGCGUUUGGUGCUCGGGUCUUGAUCACUGAGAUUGAUCCCAUCAUUGCCCUGCAGGCAGCUAUGGAAGGCUAUGAAGUCACCACCAUGGAGGAUGCUUGUGCAAGGGCCAACAUCUUCGUCACGGCAACGGGCUGUGCAAACAUCAUCACCAAAGAGCACUUCCUGAAGAUGAAGGAGAAUGCCAUCAUCUGCAACAUCGGUCACUUUGACUGUGAGCUGGACCUCAAGUGGCUGGAGGAUAAUGCUACCAAAGAGAACAUCAAGCCCCAGGUUGACCGCUUCACUCUAUCCAACGGCCAUCAUCUGAUUGUCCUGGCCGAAGGCCGUCUAGUCAACCUUGGCUGCGCCAUGGGCCAUCCCAGCUUCGUCAUGUCCAACUCGUUCACCAACCAGGUGUUGGCUCAGAUUGAGCUGUGGGCCAAGACUGACCAGUACCCCUUGGGGGUCUACAUGUUGCCCAAGAAGCUGGAUGAGGAGGUAGCUCGUCUUCACCUGGAUCACCUGGACGUCAAGCUGACUAAGCUCAGUCCCAAGCAGUCUGAAUACCUCAGCAUGCCUGUUGAUGGUCCCUACAAGCCAGAUUUCUACCGCUACUAAACGAGAACCCAAACCCAGAGAUGUGAUAGCAUCAUGCUGUGUUUACAUCUGGUCAUUCUGGGAACCGGGAGAGAAAAAUUGUUGGGUUGACUCUAUCCUAUAUGUAAGCUCCACCAGUAUACAAUGGAAAACAUUGAUCAGCAUUUAAUGUCAUGAGAUUUAUAACGAAUUACAAUAUCCCACUGAUGUGGUUUUGUUGGGAAACUGAUCAAUGUAUAUGUAUUGAUAGUUCUUUAAUCAGGCGCCAAUUUCAUAGCGCUGCUUAAGCGAAAAAUUUGUUUAAGCUUGAAAAAGCCAUGCUUGACAAAUCAGGUUACCAGCCAAAACUUCUUGUGAUGUAUUUUGCUUUGGAAUGGUAUAUGGGGUGGAGAGCAGCCCCCCCACCUUUGUGUUGGUCAUUGUUUGAUUGGAAUCUCAGGAAUUCUUUACAGACAUCGGGGGGGGUGUGAGUGUGUAUAGGGACUGGUACCCAUCGGCCCCAUAUCAUGCACGGUAUCAUACCAAGGGGUGAAUUGGCCCACGGUUUUGACUUUAGUCGGGUUCUAUCCUUGCUACUGUACCCUGCUGUUGUUUGAAUGGGAGCUGCCUGUCUAUGGGGUUUGUAUGUCUGCGCACAAACCGAAACCAAAGAGUGCCCUCUUCUUGUAUCUGCCACGCCUCAAAUAUUAAAAACACAUGUAAACUUUGAAAGGGGACAAAAUCUGUUAUUUUGGUUAUUGUUUACAAGUGUUGUCCAGCGUGCUUCUGACAGUGUCUGCUAGAUUCGUUGGGAAGGAUCUCCCAAGGGAUUUGUUGCUGUGAAGGGUGCCCUCUGUGGGUCAUGUAUGAUGAAAUUACCAUUUGUUGUUGAUGGUGUUGGGGUCUUGUCAUUUCUGCAUGGGUGUUAUUGCAUGUUGAACUUUGGGCAGAAAAGUCUGAACCAAUCCACAGAGUUAAUCAAAUCGAUGAAGAGAUUUAUUAUUAGAUGAGAUCUUUUAUUAGUAAGACCUUGGCUUAAUAUGCAGUGUUGAUAGCGCUGGGAAUUUUAUUCUCUGGCAGCUUUAGACAAUUUUUUUUUUUACUUUCUUUGUUCUUGAAGAAAAUUCACAAUUUUAAUUACAUGUAUAUUUUGUAGACCAAGUAGCCUUUUUUUGUAUUCCGGGUGUGAUUUUACGUACUCAUUAAGUUUUAGUUUGAAAUUAUAUCAUUCCAAGUGUUAUACCUUGUCAGUUGUGUGGAUUGUGAAUACCUUUUGUGGAGCUUUUUUGUUGCAGGAACAAAGUUUGGUUUUAGAUAUUGAAUUCCCAAUGUUGGAACAAGUUGCAACUUGGCUUUAAAUGCAGGAAAAUAUUUUGGUCACAUUAAUAAAAGAAGUUUGCUGGACAUUG